AUGGAGCUAAUGUCAUGGCCUCGAAAUGCCGAACAUUCAAAGUACGACAUCCGAAUCUGCCAUGCCGUCUGGCCUGCUUUGGCAGCCGACUUUUACGAGCCCAACCAGUAUACCCGGCUCGCGACCUAUGUGCGAGAGGUCCAGGGCCGGUUCAACUACCAACCCGACCUCUACUUGCUUGACGCGGCGGCCAUGAUACCCGAGAUAACCGGAGCAGUCCGCCGGUCUAGCAACAAAUCACGCGAUGAUGUCAUGGAUGACUUCAAGGCCGGCCACUGGCACGAGUGCAGCAGGGAAUCAGUGCAGCUAACCGCAUGUUUUGCGGCCUCAUUGUGCGCAACGACAAAUGUUGCCGUCGCCCGGGACCAGGCUUUGACAGAUGCAGCGCUCAUUGUGUGGGAAGAUGGCGCCUCCUUGCGGGACGUCCUGAGGCAAAGGUUCAAUGAACCGCGAUCGCCACAAGAUAUCGAGAUGAAAUCCCACACAGUCGACUCAAAGCUGACCAUGAGCUAUCUGACGGUAAACUACGGGUUUCACGUUGACUGGACCAACCACCUGGACGAACACCUCGCGAUCAACUGGAAGACAAAAGUGGUCUCCAUCUACCAGCACAAACUCUGGCUAGCUUCGCAUCUUCAAUCACCUGAGGAAUGUGUCUUGCCUAUGGACCUGGUUGGCGAGGCCCUAGAUACCCUCAACCUGCUAUUCCCAUACGACGACGCACCGACAAAAUCCUUUCUGGCUAAGCAGGCUCAGCAGUUCUACAGCCUCGGCUUCUGCGGGCGGGAGCGAAGGCUAGACCUGUUGGCCUACCCGCGAUGGAACAAACGGCUCGAAGAGCUGUCAAGUGUGUUACAAGGGCCGCGGGAUGGGAUCCGGCAGCUUUUUCCCGACAGAGACCGGCCCAACAUGCUAGAAUCCGUCAACUUUUGGAUCGCCGUGUUCGUUGCGGGGUUAACGGUCAGCAGUUUCGUAUUCGGGGUUAUCACGGUAAUCUAUGCAAAAUGGGCAUUUGAGAUUAGCAAGCAGUCUCUCGAGUUGACGAGGCAGCAAUAUCUUCUAUCAGUUGCUCAGGCGUGUUCAAACCCCCAAGAAGCGCAUUUGUUGCCAGAAAUUUGUACUAGGAAGUAA